AUGAUUCAAAUUAUUAUAUUAUUUUUAAUAACUCUUUUAUUGGUUGUUUAUCUUAAAUGUUUUUCACCUUUAAAAUUAUAUUGUAAAAAAAACAAAAAAAACACCAAAAAUAAUAAUAACAAAGGCACCUAUUCACACAAUACCCCAUCAACACAAUAUUCGGUUUCUUUAACAUCCUAUCUCGAGCAAAGACUACAUACACCAUCUACCUAUCCAAAUGUAGCCCAAAAUAGCCCAUCAGUUCAACAUUCGCAAUAUUAUAAGAACCAACCACAACAAAAUAUUAUGUAUUCACCUGCCCCAAAAUCAUUCAAUUCCUCACCAGUUCAACAAUCACAGUAUUAUUAUAACCAACCACAAAAAAAUUAUAUGAAUCACCUGCCCCUCAAUCAUUUAAUCACACACCAGUUCAACAAACACAAUAUCAUUAUAACCAACCACAACAAAGCUUUAUGUAUUCACAUGUACCACAAUCAUUUAAUUCCCAACCAGUUCAACAAUCAAGAUAUUAUUAUAGCCAACCUCAACAAAUGCAUAAUAGAUUCUAAUUCGCUAUAUGAUCCACUUGAUAGUCCAUUUUAUGUAGAAAAACAUCAACAACAAGGAUCAGGCUAUAGUACUACAGGUGCACCAUCAUAA